CCUUCAUAUCGAGAUGCCAGAUCACAAGGCGACACCCAAGCUCCGGAGAUGAGGGGUAAGGUUUGAAACUUCUGAUUGGUUGCUAGCUUAUCUUGAAAGGCAGCGUCUUGGUUACAAUCCUAAUCGGGGAUGCCACCCAAGAAAUCCGUGGCGUCCGCCCCAUCCGCGAAAAACAGGACAUCCAAGAUGAAGGAGUGUGCUAUCAACAAGACCUGAGCCUUAGACAAAGGCCAUAUAUUGCUGUCAUACCUCCCCCCAUCAGGUCACGGCAACAAGGCGACAAGGUGCAAUCUCUUCAAUAUUUAACUCUACCUUUACAUUCAUCUUAUUCAUCCUUCCUCUCUGUCUAUCUUUGGUUCUCCUACACAGCGACCACCCCGUGGCUCUACCAGGUCAGAAUGAAAGCACUGUCUGAUGUCGAGUCCAAGGCCGCUGGCCACGACACUGGCUGCCAGCAGGCUCAUGACUGGGGACACACGAAACGCGGCCUUGCUCCUCGUCACGUACAGCUUAUGGCCAUUGGAGGCGCCAUCGGAACUGGCCUUUUUGUCGGCAUUGGUAGCGUUCUCCAGACCGCGGGACCUUUGUCACUGCUCCUUGGUUUCGUCUUCUGGAGCAUUUUCUUCAUAUGGCCUCUCAAUCUGUGCGUGGCUGAGAUGAGCGCGUAUCUGCCCGUCCGCGGUACUAUUUUCGAGCUGGCAAGUCGCGUCAUUGACCCAGCCUUUGGCUUUGCGAUGGGAUGGGCCUACUUUUACGCCAGUGUUAUGCUUGUGUGCACCGAAUAUAGCGCGGUUGCCACUAUCAUUCAGUAUUGGAAUACCUCCAUCAACCCGGCUGUCUGGAUCGUUAUCGCCAUGGCUUUCUGUGUCAUCGUCAAUGUCUUUGGUGUCAAGUAUUACGGUGAAACCGAGGUUAUCGCCUCUUUUACAAAGAUACUUCUUCUUGUCGGAAACGGUAAUGCAAUUCAUCCAUACUAUACUACAGGGUCUACUGGCAACUUCCUUGGCUGGUGGGCUGUUGUCAUCUAUGCUGUCUUCAGCAUUGCCGGUCCUGAUAUGAUUGCACUCUCCUCCGGAGAGAUUCAAAACCCCCGGCGGACUGUUCCAAGAGUCGCAAAACUCAUCUUCUAUCGCAUUGUUGGCUUUUAUGUCAUCGGUGUGCUGGCCGUCGGCAUCAUCUGCGACUCGACGGACGAGAAGUUGCUCUCAGCUCAGUCGAGCAAUGCCCCUGGCGUUGGGGCCUCCCCAUGGGUGAUUGGUAUCCAAAAUCUUGGCAUCGCCGGCCUUCCGGAUCUUAUCAACGCCUUGGUGCUUUUGUCGGGCUGGUCCUGUGGUAACGCCUACGUCUAUACUUCCACUAGGACAUUGGACAUAUCCAAACAUGGGCACGCACCCAAGUUCCUCGAACGGUGCACUAGAUCCGGCGUCCCGAUUCAUUCCGUUGUCGUCGUCACGGUUCUUUCGUGUCUUACCUUCCUUACUGUCUCGAAUUCGACCUCGACAGUCUUCUUCUGGUUCGUGGGCUUGACCACUGCCGGAAUUAUUACAGUGUACACCGGCAUGAUCGUCGUAUUCAUUGGCUGGCAUCGUGCAUGCAAGGCCCAGGGGCUUCCGGGGGAUUCGCUUCCCUACAGGGCCCCUCUCUCCCCUUGGAUUGCCUACUGGGUAUUGGGUUUUGGCCUUGUCACCAUCUUAUUCUUAGGCUGGGACGCCUUCAGACCGUUCAGCGCCGAGAAAUUCGUCACGAGUUACUUCUGUCCCGUCUACUUCUGUUGUCUUUUUAUCUUUUGGAAGAUUUUCAAGCGAACUAAGCUGGUGCGUCCACUUGAAGCUGAUCUUGUAACGGGCAAGAAGGAGAUCGACGACGAAUGUGCCAUCUGGGAGGAAGGUGGUCUUGAGGAGAACUAUAGGAGGAGGUUAUCGGAAAUGUCAUUCAUUCAGCGCUGCUGGGAGAGGCUGUGGUAGAGACACUAAGAAGUAGGAUAUAUUUCCAUUAUUGCUAUGGAUAUAGGUACCACUGCGCCACGGGGCAGCAAAGGGGUUUUGCCUGUGUACGGCAGCUUUUAUAAGUGCAUUUAUAUGAUAAGAUAGUAACUUAAGACUCGGGCUUGAGCGGCAAGGCAUUAGCUGUAACCAAGCGCUCUAGAAA